AAAAAUAAAUGUUUUUUUUAAUUAUGCUUUUAUUACUAAGAGUUUAAAAUACAUACUAUGAAAUAAAAACAUUAUUUUUUUUAUUGCUAUAAAAACAUUUUAUGAGAAAUAAUUAUUUUACGAGAUAUUGCUACAAAUAUAAGGAGUGCUAUACUUGAACCCUUUCUUUACUAUGUGUCUAGAGACCCCAAAAACUCUAAAAUCUGGCUAUUCGUUGAAAUUUAAAUAUUCAAUGUGUACACACAUAAAAUAUGUCAAGCUACAGUCCAUCCUCAUCAAGUAACAGCUCAUCAUCGUCUUGUAGCGAUGAUUCUUCGGACGAAAGUUCCUCUUCAACUGGAAGCUCAUCGUUGUCCAGUUGUAGUUCAUCUUUGUCAAGUGUUAGCUCAUCAUCGUCCAAUAGUAGUUCAUCGUCAUCCAGUAGCGAAGAUUCAUCGGACGAAAGUUCGACUUCCUCUGGAAGUCGUACCCAAAAAAUUAAUUUAAAACGCAAAUUUAAUGAAUAUUUGGAUGAACCUAAUAAAAAAAUGUGUUGUGAGUUACCGUAUACUGUUGACGGUGAUCGGUCAUUUAAAGAUUAUCCGUGUCUAUUGGAUUCUGAACGUGAAACUAAUGCUAAAUGGAGUAUUGACAACUCGAUGAUUGCCAAGAAAAAAAUAACUGUCACUAGAGAAACAGAUGUUGGUAUAAAAAUUGAAGAGAAUUUUUUAGCUGGCGACUUUCCUACUAACGUAGAACCAAAUAUAAACAACUCUAUUGAUUGUCAACAUGUCAAUUCGCAUAAUGGCAAGGAGAAUACCAGUUAUUCCGAAAAUGUUGAUUUAACCAGUAUCUCACAACACUAUGUUUUCAAUCCGGAGGAUAACACUUUUUCAAAAAGUGUUGUUAAAAAUAAUACAGAUAUCCUCGUUACAAAUGACGUUGAUGAAGAAUCUGUUUUGAACGAAGAUAUACCUAUCGACCCUAAAAAUAGUCAACUAAAUAUGAAUGUUGAUAUUAAUAAUAAUUGCUCGGAGCCAAGCACUUCGAAUAAUGAAAAUUAUUCAAACACUAGUCGUUGUGUCAAAUGCAAAAUAUUAACUCCAUGGGGAGAAGAUUGGUUUUAUACGACCCAUACUGAUAUGUAUACAGGUCCUAGAUAUAUAACAUUGAUGAACCCUUUGAACGAACUUCCCGUUAGUUAUGUGGAAACUAUUGAUCUCACAAAUUCAGACGACGAUGAGCAACCUGUUAUAGACAGGAGUACUACACGUGGAAAAGAAGUGCAGCCAAUGAGCGCACUUAACCACACAAAUUUUCACGAAAAUAAUUGUGAUGGAGGUCAACCUUUCAUAGUUGAUCAUUAUGAAAAAAUCGCUAUAGAUACUACCGAAGGUAUCAGUUUCAUAUACGUUUGGAUUCCAGAAAUGCGCGAGGUAAUUUUUAAGAAUGACAGCAUAUAAAACUUAUUGUAAGUUAAAAAAUUGAUAAUGAUAUA